AUGCAGGAUCCACCACAACAGAGAGUUCAGCCCCAAAAUACAAUGCCGGGUGAUUUGAAUCCCGAAGGUCCCGCAGUUGCUUUCGCGCAAGAAAUCCUGGGAUUUCUUCCCCCACAUGGAAUGCAAGGAGCGCGUCUUCAUGGAGUGCAACCGCAAAUCACGAUGUCAGAUGAUCCAUAUUUCAUUGGUCCUGGCGUAUCAACCCAUACCCUCUCGACAGUUAAUUUGGAAAGUCCCCUCCCUCAUGAAACGCUGAGAUCCCCGCAGUAUGGAUUUCAUCCGCAAGGUGCAAGCCCAAGUUAUCCGUAUCUUCAAUUUAGUAAUCCUGUUACUUCUUCAGUGACACACAUGCCAGUGAUCCCCGGAAACCGCAUGAGAGCCCCACUGCAGGCGCAGCCGCCAAGUAGAAGUCCAGGUGAUUCGUAUAUUAGUGGUCCUGUUACGUCUUCAGUCACGCACCCGCCAGUGAUCCCCAGAUAUUCAUACCCGUACGGAAACCGCAUGAGAGCCCCACUGCAGGCACCAGAGCUGCAAAGUGCAAGUCUAGGUGAUCCGCAUCUUAGUGGUCCUGUUACGUCUUCAGUCACGCACCCGCCAUUAAUCCCCGGAUAUUCCUACAUGUACGGAAACCACAUGAGAGCAGCACUGCAGGCACCGCAGCCACAAGGUUUAAGUCCA